AUGACCGUCACUCUUCGUUCUUUACUCACCGUCCUUGCGACGUCUGGCCUCGCGGCCGCGGCGGCAUCGUGGAAUACGACCUGUACGACCAAGACGCAACGCAAAGCAUGGAACAACAUGACAGACACCGAGAAGCAGUCUUACAUCAACGCUGAGCUCUGCCUGAUGAACACUACUGCGAAGACGGACAUCGAGGGUGCUGUCAACCGGUGGGAUGAGCUCGACUGGGCCCACAUUGUUCAAUCCAACGUUAUCCACAACACUGGAUCCUUCCUCCCCUGGCACCGCUACUUCAUGCGCGUCCACGAAUAUCUCCUUCAGUCUGAGUGUGGCUACGAGGGUGGCCAGCCGUACUGGAACGAGGUCCUCGACAUGGACGCCCUCAACCAAUCCGUCGUCUUUGAUCCUGAUACCGGCUUCGGUGGCGAGGGAGGCGACUGCGUCACUGACGGUCCCUUCGUCAACUUGACUCUCCACAUCAACUCCACCUCCAACUACGCCAACGACUGCCUAACCCGCUCUUUCAACUCCAACGGCUUCCAGACCGGCCAGCAGCAAUACAUCGACGAGUGCUUCGCUUCCGAGAACUACACUGCGGCCUUCGAGUGUUACCAGGUCAACCCCCACACCGCUGGCCACUCUGCUGUUGGUGGCACUAUGCUCGACGUCGUCGGCAGCCCCGGUGAUCCUCUCUUCUUCCUCCACCACACCAACCUCGACCGUCUCUGGUGGGAGUGGCAGCAGGCCAACCUUACUACCCGUCUCACUGACAUGGGCGGCCGUAAUAUUCCUCUGGACAGUUACCUCGAGCAAAACGGCAUGGAUUACCCGAGCGAUGCUAUUCUCGACUACGAUGGUGACUCUGGAAACGAGACCACCCUCAACCACAACUUGUGGAUGGUUGGCAUCAUGCCCAACGCCACCAUUGCCGAGGUAAUGGACCUUGGUAGCGACGUGAUGUGCGCCGAGUACGUCUGA